UUGCUGUUUUGGGGAGGAAAUUGUCAGCCGCUGAGGGAUUUAUCCUCCGGCAUGUUUCCCACGUCUUAGAUGGAGCUGUUUUUUUCCUUGCUUUGAAGGAAAGAAAAAGGAAAAAAAUAAAAUAAAGAGCCAGAAGCUUUUAAACAUGCAUUGCUGCUUCUAGAAUAUCCCAACUCAAGACAGGCUUUCUGUGCGGCCGGCCAACGCUGCCCCCACUCCACCCAGCAAACAGGGUCUCUACCUGGGACCCCCCGAGAUCCCUUCUGGAUUUCAUGGAGACAGCAACACUCCUGCCUUCUCAAUUUAGGAGAAGCACCGGCUGGGGUUCCGUUAUGUCCUGCUUAACCCAGGUCUGGCACACCGAAGUGCCAGAAUCUCCCCCGUCGAGUCCCCAAAGUCCCAUCCCAGCGGACCCCCAUGACAGACCGAUCCCGCUCAAUCCGAUCGUGAUCACCUCUCCCUCUGCGGAAAACAGGCCCGCCGUGUGUUCGCCCGUGGGGUCUCCGUUGAGCUCCCCCAUCGACGGGAAGACCAGGUUGGGCUCCCCGACGGAGCGGCCUACCUCGCCGAUCGAAUGCUCCAUCUGCUUCAACACCUAUGACAACCUCUUCAAAACCCCCAAGGUCCUCCAGUGCCAUCACACUUUCUGCUUGGAGUGUUUGGCCCGGCUGACGGCCGCCCUGCCGCCCAACCGGGUGGAAGAUCAGCUCCCGUGCCCCUUCUGCAGGCAGCUGACCGAAAUCCCGCUCGAAGGCGCUCCGGGUCUCCAGACGAGCAAAGAGGUGAUGGCCACCUUACCGCCGGAAUUCCAGAAGGAGAGGGCCCACUGGAUGGAAGGGACCAAGCUGUGCUGCAGGCAGUGCUCCGACCCCGAGAACCCCCACACCUGCGUCACCAUCGACAUCGCCCCCAGCAAGCCCGAAGUGCCCGAGACCCCCACCGAGGGUGUCAUCGGACGCCUCUCCCGCUGCUCGAUAUGCGACGACUGGAAACGCGUCGUCCUGCUUUCCGUCCUCAUCAUCAUCCUCUUUUGCAUCAUCCUGUGGCCGGUGCAGUGUAUCGUCAAGACGGGGAACUUGAAGUGCCUCAACAAAUUCACAUACCCGCGGCCAAAUUACGUGCCUUACCAUCUCACCACCCCGGCCCCCGCACUGGACCUCACCAAGCUCGUGGCGUGAUUGCCGGGGGGAGGCCGUACGGGUGCUGCUUUGAUGUGGGGUGACCGCCGGUCAUUGUGGGGGGGGGAGAAAGUCCACGAGAGUCCUAGUUCUCCUCUGGAAGGAACCGGGGAGACGGGGUGGACUUCUCCUACCGGUUCUAGAGAAUUGCGUUGGAUUGGAUGGGCCGUCACGUUGACCUGGUGCAACGCAACUCACAUGAACGCUCGAGCGUGCACCGUCUUGGUCAUGUCGACUUGAAACACCCACGUGCCCACUUCCACACCUCCUAAGUGGCUCUAUGGCCAACCUGUUUUGGGAGGCCCAAGUGCCAAAGUCCAAGCAAAAGACAACUUGUUUUGCACGUAUGGGAGAACGCACUCAACGGGGAGAACACGCAAAUCCGAGCCAACGGACCGAACUCUGCAUACUCUUCCCCUUUUGCUGAUACCUCCCCCACCCCCGACACUUUCCCUCUACUUCCGGUUUCGUUUGGGCGAAAGGAGGGGACACUUCAUUUUCUAUUGUUAUUAAACAUUUCAGUUUUAUACCGCUGAA